CAUCAUUCAUCAUCAUCAUCAUCAUCAUUAUUGUUAUUACCAUCCCUACGAACGAUGGUUCGUAAAUGAAGUAAUUUCCCCGCGAUCUUGGUGCCACGCUUCUUUCUCCCCUAUUCAACCCGGCGCUACUGCUAAAUCAGCUCAAUACUCAGCAUCUGCUUACUGCAUCUUACACUAUCUCAUCCUUAUCAUCAGACUUCCACCCGAUACACAGCCAUCAUUCCAUCCAUUGUCCUUACUACCACCGAAGACUUACAUACAAGAAAACUCAUCACGCCUCCCCAGAUGAACUAUACAUUUCCACUACAUCUGUAGAAUCAGACAAGAACACAAAAAAUGGCCGACCUGCAAGAAGCCCUCAACUGCCUCUCGCCCACGACAUGGGACGCCAUCCCCAGCAAUGACCCGGACGCCCUCCGCGCCUACCUCACCGACCUCUCCGCCAAAGCGCGCCUAAUCAUCGAGUCCGUCCCGGAGCCGCCCGUCGAAAACGGAGACAUCCCUCAACCUUCGACAACAACAACAAACAGCAGCAACCACCCCACCGCCGCGACGCAUUCUCUCCGCACCAAAUGGAGCAAACCCAUUAAGAUCUCCUCCGCCAAGGAGAACCCCCUCCACAUCCCGAUCUACAAGCUACCCGGCGCGGACGGCAAGGGCCACUGGUUCGGCCGCCGCAGCGUCUUCGGGGGCCUACCGUUCACGAAAUGGCACACGAAACUAGCCGGCGAGAUGGGCCACACGCUCCAGAUGAAUCAGCGGCAGAUCGAGAAGGGCCGGGCGCCGGACCAGGCGGUGCGCGGGAUCGGAGCCGAACGGUUGGUCGAGGAUAUCGAGGUCAAGAGUGAGGAUGGCCAGCGCGUCAUCGGCCAUGUGCAGGUGUAUCAUGUUUCGGCCAUGUUUCCUAAGCCGACGGCUCCGCGGGACUUUGUGAGUCUGAUUGUUAGUUGGGAGGUGGUCACUGAGGAGUUUGAGAGCGGUGAUGUGGGGGCGAAUGGCGGGGGCAGUAAGGCGGCCAGGAGGUGGAUGAUGGUUUCCAGGCCGUGUGAGCAUCCGGACGUGCCCCCGACGCAGGAUUAUAUUCGCGGGCAGUAUGAGAGUGUAGAGUUUAUUCGGGAGAUUCCGGGGCGGGAGAAAGUUGUCGAGCAGAAGAUGAAUCCGGUGGAAUGGGUGAUGGUGACAAGGAGUGAUCCCGGGGGCAACAUCCCGCGCUGGAUGGUAGAGAAGGGCACCCCCAAGAGUAUCUGUCAGGAUGCCAUUAAGUUCCUGAAUUGGGCUUGUCGGGAUGAAGGUCAUAAGAAGCACACACAUCACAAGACUGGGGAGGCGGGCCAGCAUCAUCACCAACAUGACGCUGGCGCGGAGGCUUCGGCGGAGGAGGGCGAUGACGACAGUGAAUUGGAGGCAUCCAGCGAGUCGGAUUAUUUCGACACGGAGGUCGAGCAUCAUGGUCUCAUUGCCAGUUUCGCAUACUUGGUUAAUGCCGGGUUGGAGCGGUAUGCGCCGCAGACUGUGCUCGACUACCUUCCGCACGGUCACUCGCGACAGUCGUCCACCGUCAGUGCUCCCGAGGAAGAUGCGGAACCCGAUUUCAACGACGCCGCGUCACAGGACAAAGCAUCUGUGGCAUUCUCAGCCAAUUCAGCGUUCGACUCCACCGUCGAAGCGCCGCCCGAUGUCUCGGCAAUUGAGCAGAUGGCGCUAAACAAGAAAGGCAAGCUGACGUCGCACGAGAAGCAACUGGCCAAGCUAGCGGAGCGCAAACGCAACGUCGAUGCGCAGCUGGACCGCGUGCGCUCGGAGAUCCAGGCUCUGCACGUCGAAGCCUCACCGCCACCCGCUCCGGGCGCAGCUGAAGGCAGCAAGCGAGACAAGGCGUCUGCGGCGGCGCUGGCCGCGGCCGGAGACGCAGGCAGCGAGCAAGUCAGCAGCAGCCCGAGCAGCAGCGUGCACCGGGGGGUGGCGUCCAACAGUGCCAACAGUCACGGCAGCCACAGCCGGCACGAGGCCGCGCGCAUGCACAAGGUGGCGUCUGGGCUGUUCAAUGAGGAGUCGAAGCUGCUGAAACAGCUGGGCAAGAUCGAGAAGGACCAGGUGAAAGAGGCGUCGAAGAUCGAGGCGCGGCAACAGAAGCACGCGGAGAAGCAGGAGAAGUCGCGGGCCCGCGGGGAAGCUGAGGCACUCCGGCGUGAGGUCGAGCUGUUGAAGAAGGAAGUCGAUCGGCUGCGGUCGGAGCGCAAGCAGUGGCUGGAUCUGAUCGGGUCGCUGCAGGCGGAGAAUACGAGGUUGGCGGCGCAGCAGGAUCCCGGAGCUGCUGCUGUGAUGGCGGAAGAGAAGAAGUAGAUCUUUUUCGCAGAUAUGAACAUUUCAAAGAUCUAGAUGAUUUGUUUUGCGCUGUACAUUAUGCUAGACUGGCGUGAG